CAGCAAUUGUAGGUUGAGGAAAUGGGAUAAUACGUAAAAUCUGCGAUUAAUUUAGUUACAUUGCAAUAAUUAAGUCUUUUAUAAUUCAUUGUUACACUAUAUUUGCACAAUGAAAGCCCAAAUAGUACCUUGGUAUACGUUAUUCCACGUACUAUCUCCUUAAGUUGGUGUGUAUUGUGCUCCUUAGGCUUACCAAAAUAAAAAGUAUGGCGGACAGCGAAGAGUUGGGACUGCUGGAAGUGACAAGUUGUCCGGGGACCCAUACCAUCCAGAUCAUUACUGAUUCGAAUGUAGACGCACCUGAUGCCGUAAAUGAACAAGUUAAUGAGGAUUUCUUACAAGCAGCUCUGGUGGAGGCUCAGGAUUUUGAGCCAGCAUCCGAUCAGUAUGGUGAUGAAGUAGUGGGCAAUGAAGCUGUUAGUAUUACUCAGGAAAUGGUACACAAUGUGGUAUCUGUCAGUAACUUGGUGACAAGUGCAGGAGCCACUGUUGUUGCAGAAGGAGCAUUUGAUGGAGCAACAUACACAGUUGUAGGAGAAAUUCCCGAGACGGAUGGCCAGAGUAUUAUUGAUUUGCAGCAAAAUGUUAUUGGUGUGGACUCGGGGGUGCACAUGGUGUCGGAGGAACAGGCACCUGAACAAGAACAAGCCGUGCAGAAUAUUACUGAUCUUGUGGAAGCAGACACUGAAAACACGGCGAUCGCUGAAUCGUCGGCAAAUAUCCAGUUUAUUUCUACCCCCGUGUCUGUUGUAUCUCCACUUGGAUCUAGUCGUAACCCUAUUAGAAUUAUUCAGCAAGGAAAUCAGUACACCCCAGUGCAGCAACUGACGGCAGAACAACUACAGCAGAUCAUGCAAGUUGUGCAACAGCAGCAGCUAACGAAAACAACGGCGGAUGGGGGAGGUUCAAGUGUUUUGUUUAAUUCUCAAACAAACACUAAAAUUGUUUAUCGUGUUAUUUAUCCUUCAGAACUUCACAAGUCUACGGGUGUUAAAGGAAGCGGGCAGGCACAGAAUGAUGAUGGGAAUGUACAGUUAAUCCACAGGCGGCCGUAUAGAAAAAGAAACCGAGAAGAUGACGAUGACAAGGUUGAUGCACCAGAACUUACUAAGGAAGAAAAAGAUGCCAGAAAGAAACAGAGACCACGUACACGGUCUGGCCGUGUUUCCAAGCCACCAAAACACAUGAUGAAAGAUUACAAACACAUCCACGUUCUUGACUGGGAUGAAGACUAUGACGAUGAUGAUGGUGGGUAUUCUGAUUUCAAGUGCAGUGACCCGGAAGCAGAAGACCGUGAAGGGAAUAAGAAUGAUCAUCAAGAUGAGUCCAGUCUUGAUGCAGGCUAUGGACCACUUCGGCCCAAAAAGUUCAAAUGCAGUACAUGCGAUAAAAGUUAUAUUGGGCAAGGUGGUUUGGCACGUCAUUACCGGCUCUGCCCAUCACAUGGAUCAUUAGAUGAGCAUGAACAUGAGAAAGAGAAUGCAGAUGGCAGCAUUGGCAGUUUCUCAGAGGAUAGCAAUACUCGGGAUUCUUUCCCAAACCCCAGUUUGACGAGACUGACAAGCACUCCAAGUAAUUCCAGCACCCAGGAGCCUAUCCCUCCAACAGAGGAAGCAAUAUUAGAACCAGAGGAGGUCUCACCAGCAGUCACACCACGAAAAAUCUUCUUUGGUAGACGGGGACGUCCACGGAGAAGGAACAUAUAUUUACAUGAAACACCAGCUCAGAGACAAAAGAGAAGAUUGAGAGAGGUUGUCAAAGCGAGUGAGGAUGAAGAUCUCAUGGAAAUCGUGUUGCCACGACUGGUUGGUGCUCUCACCCUGUGGGAGUUCCUGUUGAUGAAGGUAGAGAAAGGCAGCCCAUCCAGACCACAUGCUGACAUCAUUCACCAGGAAUUCGAAAAUCUUUACAAAACCGUUCACAAAGUGUGCAAAAAAUACCUCCAGCCGUGUAAAAACUCAAGUUUGGAAUCUGGCAACCAAAAAUCUGUGCUAAAGAUUGACAAUUCUCCCAUAAACAAGGCCUUGGAUCUCGUGGAAGGUCUGUAUGAAGUCAGAGACAUGCCAAUGGAAGAGAGCAGUGACUUCCAGUACACAUAUUUAACAGAUAAAAAGUCCCUGGUUACUGGAACACAGCCUUCACAUCACAAGGUUCGGAAGACGGUGGCAGUCGUGACCAGCGAUGAACUCAUCAGCCCAGCCAAACAGCCUAAAAUGACCUCUUUACUGUCAAACACAAGAUCUGUGGCCAACACUGACACUUCUCUCCCGUCCAACAAAUAUGGAUCCUACAAGUCUAGUCUCAUCUCUAGUGCUACUCCAACAGUUACCGUCAUCACAAAACAACAAAGUGUUUAUCCAUCUUCCACAAGCAAGGCAGUUCCUUCAUCAUCUCAGUCCAUAAUUAAGUCAGUAACCACAUCAGUUGGUACAAAUUCCCUUGUACAGACAUCUACACAGCCUGCUAAAGCAGUUUUCAGAGUUGUGUCAGCACAGUCCUCCAUUACGAAAUCUCAAGAAAUCCCCAAAUCUCAGGAAUCAUUGAUCGGCAAAACAGUGCUGAUUUCCUCAACUAACAGUCAGACUUUAAGUGCUAACAAGAACUCUACAAGUAGGCCGUUAGUUAUCAUUGGUCCAAAUAGUGCUAAGUUUCUGAAUAAUACGAACAUAGACACGAGCAUGUUCCAGAAUUCCAUAAUAGUAAACGGCAACAGUGUGAAUAUGCAAAGUAGAAACAGUGCUGAAGAUAAGAAUUUGGCAAGUUCAUCAUUGAGUCUUGGCGAUAAUUCCACAACCAUUAGUACAGACAUCAAUAAACCUUGUAUCAAUGGUGUGUCUCCACAGAACAUGGAGUUGAAUGGGGCUUCAGAAAUGAUGAUGGAGACUUCUGAAGAACCAGCCACUUCAGUUCCGGGAAGUACAGAGCUAGAGAAAUUGGCAAACCAAACAGUUCAGGAUAUGGGGGAACCCAUGGGUAACGGUGACUCCAAUAACGACAUGGUUCAAAAGGAACAGACAGUCAUGGAUGUAAAUGCUUUAAAUAACUAUGGUGAUUUGCAGCUGCUGGAUAAGGAAGCAGGUGAAAAUACUCAGAUUGUGACUAUGGUUCAGCAGGGAGCAGAGACAGAGCCGUGUGAAAUCCUCCAGUUGGAUGGAGUACAAGCACUUGGAGGUGAAAUGGCUCCAGACUUUUCUCAGGCUAGCUUGUUUCAGACUGAAGACGGUAUGUACAUCAUACAGAACCCAGACGGAAUGGCAUUUCAGCUGCAAGGUGCAGAAGGAAUUCCAUUGGAGACUGUUCAAGCUCUUCUUUCGAUGGAAAGUGAUUCACAGUUGCAAGGGGAGACAAUUCAAACGGAAAUACAGCAGUGAUGAAUUGUUUUGUUCUCCGUCUUGUGUUCAUUGCAGUGGUUUAUUGGUGCACUUUAUUGGAAAGAAAUAUUUUUAACAAUCCCAAGUUGGAAUUGUGUGAAUACAAAUAAAACGUUCAGAAGCAUUUUUCUUUUUUUCUUCCUCUAUUCUUACUGUCGCCCAACUCCACUCUCUCAUUUGUCACAUUUCAUUCCUGUGAUGUGGGAAUUAUUUUUUUCCUAGCUCUGUUCUAUUCUGAUUACUUUGAAAUGUAAUUGUUUCAAGUUUUUGUCCAAAUGUGCUCAAAUAACUGUACUACAACUAGAAAUGGUAACUACAUUUUUUAUUUCCAGGCUGGUUGAAAUAAUUAACAAAUCUGCAAUUAGUGUUUCAAAUCAUUUGGUUAAUGUUGAAUUGACAAAGCUUGAAAUUCAUUUUGUGGAGUGAAAAGCAAUCUCUGUUUUUGACUUUUAGUCUGGGAAAGAAGGAAGGAAAUGUUUUAUUUAUCAACACACUCGACACAUUUUAUUUAGUUAUAUGGCUUCCGACACAUGGUUAAGCGCCACACAGAUAUUGAGAGAGGAAACCCACUGUCGGCACUUCAUAGGCUACUCUUUUCGAUUAGCAGCAAAGGGAUCUUUUAUAUGCACUAUCCCACAGACAGGAUAGCAUAUACCAUGGCCUUUGUUAUACCAGUUGUGGAGCACUGGCUGGAAUGAGAAAUAGCCCAAUAGGCCCACCGACAGGAAUCUAUCUUGGAUCAAUCGCGCAUCAGGCUACAUCCCGCCUCUUUUUAGUCUGGGACUAAAUGUUAAAAACUAAGAAGCAGUUCUAAAACACAAGUAGUAAGUUAUACUGAUGUAAAACUUUACUUUCAUAUUUCUUAUGGUAAACUGGAGCGAAUCAUUUUUCUUUUGCAAUAUCUAAUUUAAUAUCUGUCAUCCUGAUGUAAACACAGUUGGAACUAAUUUCUUAAUUUGGGUAGUUGGGAAAGCAAAAGCCGCUUCUGAAAUUAAUUAUUAUAAAGUAAAUUGUGUUGCUAUUUCCUCUUGCUCCUCGUUAGUCUUGAGCCUUGCUUUAAAUGGCAUAAUAAUUUCCGAAUUCACUAGCUGCAUUUUGAAGACACUCUUAUAUGGACAGUUAUUUCAAACAAUACUUAGACAAAAAUGUUUAUCAAUUUUUUUAAUUAAUAUGGUACUACUGCAUUGUAAAUUAAAAGUAAGCUACAUUCAAUGAUGCGACAUUCAUGCAUUUUAUUUUCUAUUUACAAUCUCCUAUUACUUAGUGACAAAAUAAUACAUCAAUUAAAUCCAGUGGUUUGAUUUCUAUUUUUCCAAAUUGCUAAACUUUUUGAUCAGAGGAUUUCUAAUGACAUGUAUAUUCCAUGUAACAGCUAUCAUACUUUAAUUCAGUCAUUAAAGCUUUCCGAAGUAAAUUUUUGAAAACCAGAGCUAGUAGAUAUUAUCCACUGUUUGGUGUCUUCUCAUUGCCCCAUUGCACCGAUUACAUGACAAUGAAUCUUUUUCACUGAAAGUCAGUGAUGCUGAAUGCAGAUUUUCUGUGUUCAUUGGUAAAGAAAAUCUGAUGUUGGAUAAAAUGCAGAAUGAUUACACAGUGCAAUUCUUUUUCUAUAUUUUUACAGGUUGAAAGACUUUUUUACAUUGUGUUUUGGAAUCAUGUCAUUUAGUCACAAUAAAUUCUAAUUCUCACUUGGGAACAAGACAAAAUUCCCAUUUUAAAAUUUAAAGGGACAGACCCCAGUUUUUAAACAUUAAGGCAUAAUUUUCACCUAGAUUAGUUUCAACCCAUAAAAAUGGACACUAAGUUUGGUUAAUUUACAAACCUGUAACAAAUUUGGAUACAACAGAGUGAAACUAAGAGUCUGUUAUGUUAUAAUACCCUUAAAAAUAAACUAAACGCGACUCUACAACGGUUACUUCUCAGACGCACAUGCAUUUUUAAAAAUAUGAAAAAAAUGCAUUUUGAAACAUCAGGAUAACCAGACACACUUAGAAUAUACGGAAAUGGAUAAUCUAAACAAUAAAAUAUAAGUAAUGUUUGAUUUCAGUGAUCAUAAACAGCUCUAAUAGUAAAAAAUAUGCCUUAGUGUUUAAAAACUAAGGUAUGUCCCUUUAAAAGACGAUGACAAACAACACAUUUUAUUCUUAAAUCCCAUUUUUAUUUAUAGAGAUCCAUUUUGCAGAGGAGUCUGUCAUGUAAAAAAAUAUAUAUGUAUAUGUAGUCCAUAAGCAUGCACAAAUUGAAUGGGCAUUAUCACUCUAUAAAAGGUGUUGUUAGACAUUAAUGAUAAUUGUUAAUAGCAACAAUAGGUUUGUCAUGGUGUUUACAAACAUGACACACAAACGAACCUCUUAGGACAAUGCAUUUCCUUUUGUACCAUGUCAAAUAUUGAUUGUUUUAUAACCUUUGACUACCACAUUUGAUCAAUUGUACAGAAAUGUUGGUGAAAUAUAUGCAUUAUAUAUUUCAGCAGUAAAGUACUUGGAAUAGA